AUGUUUUUAUCUUUAAUUUAUUGGUCAAUCUUUUUAGCUGGUUUCAUUUGUAUUUUCAGUUAUCUUGUUCCAGUUAUUUUAGCUGCUUUCAAAUUUGAGGAUCAAAACUUAAAACAAAAGUAUAAUGCUAAAUGGGCUUUAGUUUCAGGUGCCUCAUCUGGCAUUGGUAGAGCCGUUGCCACAAAAUUAGCUGCACAAGGUUUAAAUGUUGUUUUAGUUGCACUUGAUGAUGAAACUUUACAAGGUGCAUUUGAAUCAUUAAAAAAACAAUUCCCAAAGGUUGAAUUUAGAAAGGUUGGUGUUAAUUUAGGUAGAGCUGAUCAUGAAUAUGAUUACAUGCCAAUCAUUAAAGCAGCUAUCAAAGAUAUCGAUGUUCAAAUUUUAAUCAACAAUGCAGGUUACAUCCAAUUAUCAGCAUUCUUCCGUUCAACUUUAGAAAAACAAUUAGUCAACUUAGAAUGCAAUAUGAUGUCACAUGUUAAACUCACUCAUUACAUUGUAUCAAAUAUGGUUGAAAAGGGAUUAAAGGGUUGUGUUACUUUUACUUCAAGUCAAUCUGCUUUCUUCCCAGCUCCAAGUUGUAGCAGUUAUGGUGGUGGUAAAGCUUUCUUACAAUCAUUUGCUGCUUCAUUAGCAAUCGAAUGUUAUAAUUAUGGUAUUGAUGUUAUCAGUUUACAAAGUGGACCAAUCCAAACAAACUUUUAUGAUAAUCAACCAAAACUUUCAUUCUUCAAAUUCUUCCAUGCAAUUUCAGAUACACCAGAUUCAGUUGCUGACAUUUUAAUUCGUAGUGUUGGUAGACUCACUUGGAGAGAUAGUUCACUUUUCACCAUUGGCAGCCGUCUCGUCACUAAAAUUGUUGAUAUGAAUUUCUUAAUCCAAGGUAUUGCUCGUGGUCAAUCCCUUUCAUCUGACUUUAAAAAUCAUCCAGAAUUAAGAUAA